AUGGAUAAAAGCGCAACAGGCUACUCGGAUAUUGAAACUCCAACUUCUGCUUAUGAGAAGACUGUGCCUCUGGAAACAUCAAGUGUUGGUGCUGGGAAGCUCAAGGCACGUUUCGAGAGUAUGGCCAAAGCGUCUGAAGAAGAAAACAAAAACAAAGUAGAGGGAGAACGAAUGAGGAGACAAGCCAGAGAAGCCAGAGAGAGGGAGGAGGCCCAAAACAGGCCACCAGUAACCCCCCUGGACACUGUCGAAAUGACCAGAGAAGAAAAAUCUCUUCCUGCAAAAUCCCCAGCUGACUGUGCCAAAGCAGACUACGACGACCACAGUACCCACAUUACAGAUAUAAAGGAAGAACCGGAGGAAGAGGUACUUUAUGAAGAGCCUCCAGCACUGCCGCCUCGUGAAGAUUUCCUAGAUGCAGAUGCUGCUCCACUUUCUCAGAGGUCGGCAGAAGUGGACGACUUAGAUGAGGAUGAUGGGGAAUAUGAAGAAUUCAGUCUGUGUAAUCUGUAUUCAUUGCAUACUAAUCUGCAUGCCAUCUCAGAGGAUGACGGAGAUUACGAAGACCUGACGUAUGGCCUGAAGGCAAAAGCCAUUUAUGAUUAUCAAGGAGAAGCUGAUGAUGAAAUAUCCUUCAACCCUGACGACAUCAUCACAAACGUGGAGCAGGUUGAUGAGGGCUGGUGGAAAGGGCUUUGCCAUGGGCGCGUUGGUCUGUUUCCAGCCGCUUAUGUGGAGUUAAUGCAGUGA